GUUUGCUACAGACUCAGAGUAGCUAGCCCGGCUACUGUGCGCAUAUUUCCCCUAUUUUCUGUCUGAAAACAGAAUACACACCACAGAGGACUGUCUGAAUACUUCAAUUAAUCAUACAUUUGGCGUCCUAAAGCCUCAAAAUGCCAGAGACUGAGCUCUACUCAAAUCCCUUGGCACCUGACGGCCAUGAGGUGGAGGAUCAUCGGUCAGCAAAUCAGUCCAAGCUGACCAAUGAAGACUUCAGAAAGCUUUUGAUGACCCCUCGAGCUACACCUUCCUCAGCUCCACCAUCAUCAAAGUCCAGACAUCAUGAAAUGCCACGGGAGUAUAAUGAAGAUGAGGACCCUGCUGCACGUAGGCGGAAGAAGAAAAGUUACUAUGCCAAGUUGCGUCAGCAAGAGAUGGAGAGGGAGCGUGAGCUCGCGGAGAAGUACCGUGACCGAGCCCGCGAGAGACGCGACGGUGUCAACAAGGACUACGAGGAGACGGAGCUCAUCAGCACCACGGCCAACUACAGAGCUGUGGGCCCCACGGCAGAGGCGGAUAAAUCGGCUGCAGAGAAGAGGCGUCAGUUGAUUCAGGAGUCCAAGUUCUUGGGUGGUGACAUGGAGCAUACUCACUUGGUGAAAGGGUUGGAUUUUGCCCUGUUGCAAAAGGUGCGAGCUGAGAUCACUAGCAAGGAGAGAGAAGAAGAGGACAUGAUAGAAAAAGUACAGAAGGAAGUCAAAAAAGAUGAAGACCCUGAGCAGAAAAUUGAGUUUAAGACUCGCCUUGGAAGAAACAUCUACCGCAUCGUGUUCAAAGGGCGACAGAUGGAGAGGAACGAGCUUUUCCUGCCAGGCCGCAUGGCCUACGUGGUGGAUCUGGAGGAUGAGUACGCAGACACAGACAUCCCCACCACCCUCAUCCGCAGCAAAGCUGACUGCCCCACCAUGGAGGCCCAGACCACCCUCACCACCAAUGACAUCGUCAUCAGUAAGCUGACCCAGAUCCUGUCCUACCUGAGGCAGGGCACUCGUAACAAGAAACUCAAGAAGAAAGACAAGGUGAAGCUUGAUGAGAAGAAGGCACCCGAAGCAGACAUAGGCAUAUUUGAGGACAUCGGAGACUACGCUCCGUCCACCUCCACAAAGGUCAGCCGCGACAAAGAGAAGGAGCGCUACCGAGAGAAGGAGAGGGAGAGAGAGAGGGAGAGAGACCGGGAGAGGGAGCGCGAGAGGGACCGAGAGGAGGAGAAGAGACGGCACAGUUACUUUGAGAAACCUCGAGCGGAUGAUGAGGCAAUUGAUAUUGAGAAAGGUCCAGGGUCAGUGAAGGACCAGCUCAAGUUGAUUAAUGAGAAGUUUGCCGGCGCCGCUGGAGAUCCAUGGCCAGGCCAAGAGACUGCUGGAAUAAGGCGCGAUGAAAAGAAAAGUCUCGGCGAUUUCUUCGGAACAUCGAACAGCUACGCAGAGUGCUACCCAGCCACUAUGGAUGACUUGGCUGUGGACAGUGAUGAGGAAGUGGACUACAGCAAAAUGGACCAGGGUAACAAGAAGGGUCCUCUGGGUCGCUGGGACUUUGACACACAAGAAGAGUACAGUGAUUACAUGAACAACAAAGAAGCCCUCCCCAAGGCUGCCUUUCAGUAUGGCAUCAAGAUGUCUGAGGGCAGAAAGACUCGUCGCUUCAAAGAGACCAACGAGAAGGCCGAGCUCGACCGCCAGUGGAAGAAGAUCAGUGCUAUCAUUGAGAAGAGAAAGAAAAUGGAGGCUGACGGGGUGUCAGUGAAAAGGCCAAAGUACUGAAGACUCCUGCUAUACGUCAUCUCACACUCAAACAAAACGAAUGAUCCUAAUGCAGGUCAAGUCAUCUUGUUGCUUUGACUGAGUUAAGUUCUGCCAACAUGCAGCUGCAAGUUUACACAUAAACUGGACACUUCACAUUGAUUGUAACUUAACUCAAUUAAAGCAACAAGAUGUCUUUACCAUGUUAAGAUGAGUCCAACGAAUAAUGUUUUACAGUGUUGGCAAAUAAGAUAUUUUAAUCUUUAAAAAAAAUGUGUAUAGUACAAAUACUGUUUUGUUUAGCAUAUUGUGUGCUGU